AUGGCGGUUCCGACAGAAAACGAGCAGCUCCCGGUGGUGGAGACCCCGACAUCGCCGUCAUCGGCGUUCGCUUUAUCGCGCUUCGAGUUCGAGACCGAUAAAGGCAACGAGGGCACCAAGAUCCUCAUGGUCGAGUGGGACACGUCGGUGGGCGGUGAGCAGUCCGCCGAAGCGCAAAAAGCGGAAGCCGAUUGGGAGGUGUCUUGGGAAGGGAAGACCACGGUACUGCCGGCCAGAGACCCGGCUCCACUGUCUGGCUCCGAGAACGGGCCCGAGAUGGAUACGGAUACACGGCGGGUGUACUUCCUCCUGCCGCCCGGCGCGCCGAUACCGCCUCUUGUCAAUAUCUCACAGAGAGGCAAAGGCGGGACUCCUGGGGCCACAGUGUUGCGGACGAAGCCUAUGCCCGCCAUUUUCCCCAAGGAACUCGGAGCUAGCUCUCACGAGGAGGGACAUCGCGGCGUACUACAUAGCAUCUGGGCCAAGAAGCGGCUAUCGGAGCUGCAGGCCGAGAUUGCAAAGGAGAUGCGCCUGAACGGCGAGGGCAUCGGUCUAGAGAUGGCGCUUCAGGAGAAGCAGUGGAUCGAAGAGCAGUUCGGUGUAGGAGAUGGAUCGGGCUCUGGAGGGAAAGCUGCCGAGAGCUCUGCGAUCCCACCGACGCCGGCAAGCCCUACGAGCCCGCGAUCGCCGAUUGGGGGUAAACUGGGCGAGAAGCUGAGGGGACUGAAAUUGGCGACUUCGCCCGAGGGCCUAGCGGCUGCGACGGAAGCCAGCAAGACGAAGCCGCAGCCGCAUUUCAACUCGCUCUCUCCUCAGGCAGCUGACAUGGCAGUUCCAUCUUUUCAUAUGUUUCCUGGCCGUGCAGCGCCCAAGGUGAGCGCUGGACCAGAAGGGGUUGCAUCGCUAGAUGCCAUCAUCGGCGGCGAUGCUCCCGCGGCUCCGGCUGCCCCGGGCAAGGGGUCCGAGGAAACGGAAGAGGAGCUCUUUGCCUUGCCGAUGAGCCCUCGGAGCCCCGAGAUGAAGAAGAGCCCGUUCAGCCUUCUGAAAUGA